AUGAGAUUAUUUAGUAAUAAAUUUGGAGGUUUCGAAUCUAGCAUUCUAAAAUAACUGAUAUAAGAUUGCUUUUAUGAAAAUCUUUACAAUAAAUAAAGAAAUGGCUAACUUAAAAUGUGCAAUUUGAGUUCUAAAAAUGAAGUUGAAUUCAAUUUUAAUAAUUAAGUAUCUUCUUUAAGAGGAGGAGGAUGUAUCUCAACUACCUUAGUUUCACCUGAAACUAAAACAAGGUUAAGCAAUUAAGAGUCGAACUUUGCCACUAAUCUCAAAAAUUAUACAAAAGUGAUUGUAGAAAAAGCAUCUUAAUUUCAUGAUAAAUAUCAUAAGGACGAUGUACUUUGUGCAUUAUUAUGGUUUCAAAAUUAAAAAGAGCAUUUUUAAAAAUUGUGCAUGAAUAAAGAGUAAAACUUGCAAAAUUAUGACCUUAUUGAACGUUAGUUUGAGAAUUUACUAAAAUAGUUAGUUACCUACUUAAAAUUAUCAGGGUAUGUCUUUCAUGUAUUGCUUUAAAUAUGCAAUGAUUUGCUGAGAGUGAUAUUUUAUUUUCAGUAAGUAAAUGAAGAUCGAUAUAUGAAAGAAGACUUAAAAUAAAGUUUGAAAGAAUGCAUAUUAGAACUAGAAGAGUAGAUUGGGAUUGAAUCAGCAAAACUUUGGAGUACCGGCACUGAAUUUGAACUUUUAAUGAUAAAAACUUGUCUUGCCCAUUUAAGGACGAACUCAAAAGAAAGUGCUAACCUAAUGAAAGCGGUAUUAAUGGGAAUAGCUUCCUCAUUAGCUUAGUUAAAACCAAGUGAUGAACUUAUUGAUGCUCUAAUGGAAGCCGGAAAAUAUCUUUUGCUUAAUUUUUAUGAUAAAUAAAUUAAGCAUCCUUUGAAAGUUUAUGAACUUUAUUUCUUCUUUGAAAAUUUGAAAUGGUCCAUAAUUUUUUAACUGAAAUCAGGUUAUUCAGUUCAGCAAACAAUAAAUCAGUUGACAGAUGGAUACAAUAAAUACAUAGGUGCGUCAACAAAUUGGUUAGUACAUUUUUUUUGGAUAAACUUAAUUUCAAGUUUAAUGUCUUACAGACCUAUCAUCUCUAAACCUGAAAUGGAGCAAAGGUUGCUUUAAAAAUAUAAUACAAAUUGGAAUUAAUUAGUAUUGUAAAAUUAGAUUGUAACAGUACCUUACGAUAAAACAAAAGGAAGAAUUAAGUACAAUGGUAGAGGCAAUUUUGUAAUUAAAGAAUUUUCAAAUUUAAAAUUAUUUUAAGAUUACUUGUUUGGUGAACAAAUAGGUUCAAUGAAAUUAUUACCUCAAUAUUUGAAUUUUGAUUUUGGUUCAUAAUAAUAAGGCAGAAUCAAUUUAUAAGAUUUAAACAUUACAUUAUUUACAAAUUGUGAUGAUUUAGAAGUUUUAUCUUCUUUAAACAAUGUUUUAAAGAAUUGCCUCAAUUUAAUUUAGGAAAAUUUUAACUAGAUUGAUGGCUAAGUUUAAAGUGAUUCAUUAACAUAAACAGAAAAGUAAACUGAAUUCAAGAUUUGCAAACAAGAUAUUUAAUAUUUAAUUAACCAACAGAAAGAAUAAUUCUUGUAAAUUUUAUACAUUUUUUAUGAGAUAGACAUUAUUAGGUUCAAGGAAAUUGAAAUUAUGAAUAAUAUUGAAACAGUUAUGAAGAAACUUAUGUAAUAAAUGCAGAACUUCAAUCAAAUAAGAAUACUAUCAGAAAAGGAAAUUGAAAGCAAAUUUCAACAAAUACCAAGGUUUUAGUAUCAAUUUUCAUAAAUUUUAAUCUCUUAUGAGGACUUUAUUUAGAAUGAUGUUAUUUUAACAGAAGUUUCAUCAUUAAUUCCUCUAAAACAGUCAUUAAAAAAGUACCAGUAAGAAUUAGAGAAUUUUAUAAAAAGCUUUAGUGAUGAUAUAAAUAGCUUUAUUACAUAGAUGAAAUAGUUAAAAUAAAUUAUCACAAAGGUAAAUUGCUAGUCGUAGCUUAAAAUUACUUAAGAUAUGAUUUCUCAAAAAGAUAUAUCAAAUUAGCUUGUAUAAAUCUAUGGCUCCAAGUUAAUAAAGAACCUAUGUGAUUAAAUUAUGAAAGUUUAUUCUGAAGAUUGGAUAGACAAAAAUUGGGAGUUUAGUAUUCUUAAUGAUUUUAGAAAAAGCAUUAGGAGGUGUGGAGAAAUGACUUUUGCAUUUAAAUUUUUGAAGAAACUUCUAAAAAUUCAAUAAUAAAAAGUAAAUGCAAUUCUUAAUGAAGACAACAUUGCAGAGCUUUAUUUUAUUAGUAAUGUUUAAUCAACUAAUCUUUUUGAAAGCGAUAGUAUGGCCUUUGAUUAAAUUUAAACUUUGGCUCUUGAAAGGAAGGCCAUGAUAUAAGGAUACUUUGAAAAAUAUCCGAAUCUGAUUAUGAAUAAAUAAGAGAUAAGUGAAUUAAACUAGCUUGAGAAUCAAAUUAGAGAGGAUAUAAUGUUAUUAUAAUAGAAAAAAUGGAACCAAUAAUAUAAGAUAUCAAGCAUUCUCAUUUUUUAAGAUGCUUUGAACAAACUGUCAUAAUUAGGAUUAAAUAAAGUUAACAAAUUAGCGAUAAAAGAAGAAAUAAAUACAAAUUUUACUAAAUCCUUGUAAGAGUUAAACAAAAAGAUAUUGGGAGACAAUUAGAAAGAAGAGUAAAUAAAGCAAAUUUAAAUGCAAAAUAAAAUAGAAUAAGAUUCUCAAAUUUUCUUUAUCUUUGAAUAUUAUAUAACUCAAACUACUACUAUAAUCAUAAAUACGAAGAGACUUAAAAGAAUUAUCAAAUAAAAUUUUAAUCUAUUUUCCUGGAGUAUGGAAAUUUGGGAGUCUGACAAAAAAGAGGAAUUCCAAAACAACAUAAAAGCCUUGAUUACUGAUUUAUUAGAAUCUAUAUCAGACUGUUUUAGUUCAUUUUAAAAAGAAGAGUAAAUUGUAUUUAAUUAAGAGGUAUUUGAAUUUUUAUAAGAUAAUAAAUGCUUAGAUAAAUAGAAGGCAAAUCUUGUUCUCUUGAAUAGUCAUUCGAUAUUUAAGAAUUCAUCGUCAAACGAAGGUAUAGAGGAAAAGUGUUGUAAGAUUUACAAAGAGCUUAUUGAAAAUUUAAAAAAUUCUUCUGCUAUUGAUGCACAAAAGCCAAAUAUCCUUUCUUAAAUAUUUUCAAAUUCAUCCCAUAAAGUUAGGGAGGCAUUGGCAUUUAGUAUUAUUAAGAUGGAUACAUUAAUUCAGGAACCAAAGAUGAAAGACUUUUGCUAAAACUUGUUAAAAAUGUUAUGGAUAUAUGAAAAACAUAGUGAUGUCAGAAUCAUACUUAAAAACACAGAAAUGAUCGAAAUUCAAAAGUAGUUGUUUUCUAAUGACCUCACUACAAUGUCAAAUCAAAUCAAAGCAGAAAUGAAGAGUAUGCUCAAUAGGAUUGAACAACUAGAAAAUUCUGUUUUAACUGAUAAUACAAUAUAAGCGAAGGAAUAAUUAUAGUAGGCACUUGAUGAUUUUGAAACCUAUUUUGAUAAUAUCACAGAUAUGUCUUAAAAAUUGGAUAUAAGUAUGAUUUUCUUGAAAGAAUUAAGCAAAGAUGUAAAACAUAUAAAAAGCUCAAUUGAUUCAGUCUUAAAGAGUGUUAGUUUUAUCGCAAAUGAUGUUCGAAAACUUAGAGGAAAGAAUUACCUUGAGUUACUUUAAAUAAGGAAAGAGUAGGUUCUUAGGUAGAAAGAUGAGAAUGAAAUAGAUUAAAUUCAUAUUGAAUUACUAACUUAAGAAUACGAUCCAAUUUCAGGGAGCAAAAAACAAUCUGAUAUCAAAGAAGAAACGACUUUUCUUUUAAAGUAAAAUUAUAAUGAUUUUGAAGGGGAAAUAAACGAGUUUUUAUGGGAUGAAAAUGAAAGAAUUAAAGAUGUUAUGCUGCUGAAAGGAAGAGCAGGUUCAGGUAAAAGUAGGGCUGCAAAAAAUAUAGAAGAACUUCUCUGGACAUGUGACUAAGUAGAUCCCAAAUGGGUUCCAAUUUAUGUAUCCCUUCCUUCACUUAAAGAGCCGAAAUACAAUUUAGUUGAUUAAGCAUUAGAAUCAGAAAAUUAUAAUUUUGAUAACAUUCAAAUUAGAGAGUUUAAAGAGGCUAUUAGAUAAAAAAACUUAAAUGUGGUAUUAAUUCUUGAGAGCUAUGAUGAAAUGAAGUAAGAUUGUUUGGAGUAAAACUUGUACUUGACAAAUAGAUUUGCGUAGGAGUUUAAUUUAGGUGAAUCUGGAGAAAAUGUUAAAAUUAUUAUCACGUCAAGACAAGAAAUAUUGAAUUCUAUCGAUUAUCAAACCUGGUUUUACGGAAAAAGUAUUUAAACAUUAAAAGAAGUUGAGCUUUUGCCCUUUACAUCUAAUUAGAGUAAUGAUUAUUUAAUACAAUACUCAAAAGUUAGUGUGAAACGAACUAUAAAAAGGUUUUAUGAGUUUUUGAAGUAAUUAAAAGCUUAAAGUUUUUCCUUUAAAGAAUUCAAAUAAAUUUGGAGUAAUAUAAAAGAAACUGUUAAAAAGAUUUUGAUAAAAAACAAAGAUGAAUUACUAAUAUUUUCUUAAGAGGACACAGAAAAAUUAAUACAAAAGCUUUAUAGCAUUUAAUUUUUUUAGCUUUUUAAGCCAGAGCAGAUGAUAUCUUUGAAUAAAGAUCUUCUUGAAUUGUGGGGCUAUGAGAAAUUUUCUUAAACAAUCCACAAAGUUAAAAUAAAGCAUCUUUUAAAUACUCCAUUUAUGCUUGAGAUAAUUGUAUACGUAUUGCCAAAAAUGUCAACUUUCUUCUCGUAGUCUUCAUUUAUGAGGUUAGUUCUGAAAUAAAAUUACCAUAAGUUGAAAAAAGAAUCCAUAAGGUCAAAUCAUUUGCUUAAAAUGUAUUCUCAAACUAAUGAAAUUGUAAGCAACGAAGAAUAAUUAAAAAAGCUAAAUAAUUUCUAGGUAAAUGCAACUGAGGAUGAAACAUAGUUGUAUAAAUUAAGUGAUCUAAUUCUGGCUGAAUUAGAUACUCAAAACUUUUUUGAAUAAAAUUCUAUUACUUAAUAAUUCAUCUAUACAGAUAAUCAAAUAAUUAAUGAGAAAAAAAUUAUUUAUACAUUGAAGUUUGAUGCGAAAUUUGUAGUUGCAGCAUUUCAAUUGCAUUAAUUUACUGCAUUUGAUUUUUACAAGUAAUUUGUAGACUUUUAUCACGCCUAAUAAAUGUAAAAGUGGAAGGAACUAGGAAAAAAUAUUAACUAAUAGAGUUUUUUAAUUGAUCUACAAUUCUUUUGCACUUCUUUGGCUGUUGAGAUGACUUUGAGAGAAUUAACCUAAGUGAAUUAUAAGUAGAAGGGGAAACUAAAAUUACUGUCUGAAAAAGAAGAUUUGCAAGAUGUUUCUUGGGAAGAUCAUUACUUUAGUGAAAAUGAAGCUGAUUCAAAAUACAAAACCCAAUUAAGAAAAUGCAUGUUGAUUAAUGCUAAAGGAAGUUUAUUCUCAUUUAAUCAUAAAUCUAUCUAAGAGUUUUUCGUCGCAGAUUACAUACUUAAUUUAUUUGAUAAGUUAUUCGCUGAUGAUAAUGAAAUUGAUGAAAAAUUAUUGAGAAAAAGUGCGUUUAAUAAUAGAAAUAAAUUUAACCUAUCAUUAGAAUAAUUCUCUGGAUGUUUGGAACUCUUAAAGCCUAAAUUGAAACAAAUCAGUAACAUAGAAGAAAAAUUAAUAUAAAUUAUUAAGUUAUAGACUAACUAACCAGAUUGUUAAAAGGAUUUGCUUCGAUCAACGUCAAAUGUAAUAUUCCUUUUGAGUUAUUUAGGAGUAUACUUGGGCGGAGUAGAUCUGAGUGGAAUAUAACUUUCAAAUACAAAGAUGGUGGGUUUAUCAUUUUUUAAAAGCAAUUUGAAUAACACAGUAUUCGAUAAUGUUUCGAUUGAUUCCUGCAAUUUUACUUAAGCAAAAAUAUAAAAUUCAAAUUGGAAGAACCUCAUAUGCAAAGAAAUUCCUUCUGUUUUAGGAAAUUCGAAGAUAACUUCAAUCCUCUUUAAAGGAGAUGAAGCCCAAUUAAUUUCUGGAAGUGAUGAUGGAACUAUUAAAAUUUUGGAUGUUGAUCAAAUCUAAAAACCUGUAGAAAGAUAAUUUUAAGACUAGAGAAUCAAAAGUUUAUCUUAUUGUAAAACUGAGAAUACAUUAGCGUGUUUAACUAAUAAUAAAUUACAUAUUCUUAAUGCAAAAGAUUUAUCAGACAGUAAUUAUGAUACUUUGAUCAAUGAUAAUUAUAAUGGAGUUUUCCUAUCUUAAAACAACAAAUAUGUCGCACUCAAAAAUUAGAAGUCUAAUUUAAUUAUUUUAGAAACAUAAAAUUUACUGAUUAAAAAUAAACCAUAGAAAUUCUCUUUUUAAAGCUCGAGUUCUAUUAUUUGUAUGGCCAAAUCUUAUAACUCCAAAUUUUUAGCUACAGGAGGUCAAGAAGUGAUUUUAUGGGAAUUUCACUCUGUGUCAUAAAUCAAAAUGAUAACCACCCUAUAGACAAACCUAAAGGAUUUUACUUGUAUGGCAUUUUCGUACGAUUGUAACUUUAUAGUGAUUGGUAAUUAAAAUGGCAUUAUAGAAAUUUGGAAAAUGAAUGAUUUAUAAAAAAUUCAUUUGCUCCAGUCAAUAAAGCUGGAUGAAGAAAUAGAAAAAAUUGAAUUUUCAAAAAAUAACAAAUUUUUAAUCGUAAAAACAUUAACUGAAGUGUUCCAAUAUAAUAGUUUUGGCUUAUAUAAUGACUAAGAGAAAACUGUUCUAUUUAUGGAAAAAUAUGACACAAAAACAUUAAUUUAAAAAUAAUAUUUAUUAACGCAAGAUUUGGAUGCUUGUGUUAAAAAAAUUACCAUAAGCUCACUACUUCUAAUAGCUUGCGUUGAAGAGAAGAACAAUAAAUGCAAGCUAAGCAUUUGGAAUAUUACUAAGUAAAAAUCAAUUUCUCUUGUUACAACCUUGAUUGAGGAUUAAGAUGAGAUUAAUUAAUUGAGGUUUUCCUCAGAUGAGUAAUUUCUAUUGAGCUCCUCAUUUAACGUAAUUUUUGUUUGGGAUUUAAAAGAAUUUAAAUUAAUCCACAAAAUAGAAACACAACAUGAUGUUAUUAUAGAUUUUGCUUUUUCAAAAGAUAAAUCUUGUUUUGCCUCAUGUAGCUAGCAUAGGAUAGAAUUAUAUAAGAAUUUUUUGGAACCAAAAAAUUUAGAAAUUAAUCUUCUAAGAAUUAGCAAAAAUCUUAUUUGUUAAGGAAUUUAAUUUGUUGAAAAAUAGUUAGCAAUAAAUGGUGAGAUUGGAAAUUAAUCAGUUUUAUAAUUUUGGAAUGUAGAAAAUUUAAGAUAAGAACUUGAUCAAAAAUUCAAAGAAAAGAUAUAAUAUUUUAAAUUUCUUUAUAAAGGAGAAUGUAUGAUUACUGUUGGAAAACUCGGGACUUUUUGGUCUAAGAAUGCUUUAAAUUUUUCUGAAAAACAAAUUGAACCUUUAUUUGAACGUUUUGAAUGGAAAUAAAUCGGUUAUUUGAAUGACCAAAUAUAUAUAUUUGAUGGUGAGAAUAUUUUUCGAAUCAUCUACUGUUUUGGAGGAGAUGAAGAUUCUGUUGAAAAUAGGCAUAAAAAGAUCUUCUCAGCUAAAUCUCUAAUGUGUGCUACAUUUUCAGAUGAUAGUAAAUUAUUUGCUGUUGGUUUGAAUAAUGGAUUUUAAUUAAUUUAUCUAGAUUAAAUUCUUGAAUUAGAUGAAAAUAAUAAUUAUUAUGCGAAUGAUUUCUCGAUUUCGGAUGAUUCAUCUUUAUUAGUACUCGCUACUAAUAAGGGUCUGAGAAUCAAAAAUUUACUAGCUAAUGAAGAAAUUUUUUUUACUUUAAAUAAUAAAUAUCUUUCAGCUUGUUUUAUGGAUUAAGGUUAAACAAUACUGGCUAUUACAAAUAAAACCUUAUGUAUAUUUAAUCUAAAGGAUUUGAAUAAUCCAAUAAAUCUGGAAAAUUUGGUACUAAGCGGAAGCAAUCCAUAAAGAAUUUUAGAUAUAGGGAUCUCUGAAUAAAUUAUGAUAUAAUAUGAAAAGUGCAUAGCCGUUCAUUAAUUAAAAGAACUUGGAAGUGCUCAAUUAAUCUAAUUACAGAAUAAUGUUACUCUCUCAAAAAACUGUCUACUUUUAGAGGAUUCAAACUAUAUUGGAAUUGGUAUUGAUGAUACUAUUAAAGUAAUUCCAAUUUCUAAUUCUAUUAAAAUUACCCUUAACUUUAAUUAUUAACCUUUAAUAGGAAAAUUGCUUUAUUUUCAAUUUUCAUUAGAUAGCUAAACAUUUUUGAUUUUUGGUUCCAAGAAAGAAGGUCAAUUAUAAUCAGCACAAAUAGCUAUCGAUAAAUAGUAAUUAGAGAUAAAAUAGAGCGAGAUCAAACAUUAAAAUCUCUGUUACAUUACAUUAAAUAAGUAAUAGGACAAAUUAAUUUUUAUGAAGGAAACUGUUAAUUAUAAAGGGCGAGUUGAAAAGUUAGAAUUGAUUGACUUUGAAACCUUUAAGACAAUUUAAUGUAUAGAAGAAUUUUAUAUAGACGAAAACUCUAAAUUUGAAAACGCCUCAUUUUCAGAAAAUAAUUCUUAUUUUAUCACUUCUUAUGCAAAUUCAACUUUAAAACUAUGGGAUGCAAAAACAUGCAAGCUCUUAUCAAAAAUGAAAAGCAAUACAAAAAAAAUUGAUUUAAUUUCUAUUUCAAACAAAGAGAUCAUGGCAUAAACAAGUCAUGACCUUAUCAAAUUUUGGAAUCUAAAGGCUCUAAGAUCCUAAUCGCUAGAAUUGGAUGGACAUUCUGAUUCAAUUUAGUAAAUUGCAAUUUCUCCGGAUGGACUACAACUAAUCUCUGGUUCUAGGUCCAGAAUAAUAAGAUGGGAAUUGACUAAAUUUUAAAAGUUAGAUGUGCUGAUUAAAGGAAAAGCUCUACCCUCUGUUUUCUGCUUUUCAUAGGAUGCAAACUAUAUAGCUGCUGCUGAUAAUCCCCCUUACUAGAUUAAGGUUUGGAAAUUGAAUACUUUGUACUUAAUUGAAAACUAAAUAAGAAUAAGCUGCUAUUCGAUUCCAAAUAAUCUAAAAUUUAACGAUUUAGGCAACUAAUUAAUAUCAUUAUACGAAAAUAGAAUUACAAAAUUUCAAAUAAUUUUGGAUCUAAAGUAAAACCCUUUAUAUGAAACGUAAAGGAUAAUGUGUAACAAAGGAAUUCCUCCUAUCAAUUAUUAUUUUUCUUCAGAUAAACAAUUAUUGAUUAAGACAAACCCUCUGCAAAUUAUUGAUUUGUAAAAAAAGUAUGAGUCGAAUUAGUUUCCUAUUGAUCAUUCAAAAUCAAACUCUGCUGAAAAAUGUGUUGCGAUGUCUCACAAUAAACUUAAACUAGCUAUUCAAAAUGAAAAUGAAAUAAUUUUAUGGUCAUUUAAAACCUAAAAAGUGGACCAUGUGUUUGUUAAUUCAAUUGGAUGUGCAUAGGCUUUGGUAUUUUCAAAUAAUGAUCAGCUAUUAUUUACAAAUUAUGAUGCCACUAUUAAAUGUUUUGAUGUUACUAAUUAAUAUUAAGUUAGAAAAGAAUUUUAAAUUGUCAAUCCUGUAGAAGUCAAUAAGCUAUAAUUUCAAUAACUAGAGUGUUUUCCUGUGAAAAAUGAUGACUUUCUUUUUGUUUAUUCGUUCACUUAGCCAAUAAAAAGAUCAUUAAUUGCACUAGCAUUAACUUCAGAUCAUGAAUAAAGUUACACAUUAUUUGAAAAUGAAUAAGGAAUAUCAAAUUUUUUAACUGCAUAUUGUGAAGAAAGGGAGAUUUUAGCAGUUUAGCUAUAAGAUAUUUUCCAGUUAUAUGACUUAAGAAGUAAAACUAAAAUCGCUACUUUGAAUGAUAAUAUGUACACUAUAUUUAAUCCUAAUUUCUUAACUUUUUCCAAGAACGGGAAUUACCUAUUAUCCCUAGGAACAGAUUAGGAUAUUAAUUUAUGGGAUUUGUCAUGUUUGGAAAAAAUCAAAUUAAAACUUAAUAAUCUAAACAAAAUUAAUUAUUAAGAGAUAAUUAGUAUUUCAUUUCUUGAUGAUUAAGAUUCAAUUUAAUUGGUUCAAAAAGACGAAAAUGUGUAAUUUGAUUCUAUUUCAAACUACAAUGAUUUUUAUUAAAUCUUUUUAGAAUAGGUAUAUUAUGAACAGCUUAUAAAGAAGACUUAGCAUCAUAUAAUGGCUGAGGAUGAAAAAUAUAUUUUAUAUAUUAAAAGUGUAGUAAAUGAGAAGUUAAUUUAUAGUUUUGAUAAAUUUCGAAAUUAAAUCUAUUGCUCAACUUUUACUCCAUGUGGUUAAAACCUUAUUGUAGGAAUGAAUGAUGGAUCAAUCUUAUUUUUUAGAUUAAACAAUGAUCUUUAACCUAUUUGCUUCAAAAGCAUAGCAAUAAGCUCUCCAAUUUUAUCUGAUUAAUGUAGCAUCAGGUAAUCUACGUUUGUGAACUAAGAGAAUAUUAGUUUAAAAAAUUUAUUCCUUGAGAAAGGGGCUUAAGAUCAAUGA